AUGUCCGGGAGCGAUGCUCCAUUGCAAGUGGACGAGUCGGAUACGAUGCAGUUGAUAAGACAAGCAGUAUUGUUUGAAAAUUUGGAGCUUGUCACGGAUUUGGUUCGCGAAAAUCCCUGGAGUUUAAAUAGAGUGGAUCGACAUGGCCGGACGCCAUUGAUGUUGGCGGCUCACAAUGGCAGGAUCGAUAGUUUAAGGAUUUUGUUGGCGCUAAGUCAAGAUACUCUUAACGCAAGCAAUGGCGCAGGAAAAACUGCGUUGCACCUAGCUGCUGAAGCUGGAGAAGUGUCGGCAGUGCGACAACUCCUCGAGGCCGGUGCCGACACUGAACGUCGCGAUGCAGCUGGUCAUUGUCCCCUCGAAUCAGCGCACAUGGCUGGGCACGACAGCGUGGCUGCUGCAAUAAUUGAGAGCAUCCAAAUUGAAAACGACAAGCUCAAUGAGGCACAUACUCAGCUAAUGAUUGCUUGUGCGGAAGGUGAUGUAGCGGCUGUAGAUAAAAUUUUGGCUGACUUCUCUUUGAAAGAUCGCCAUGUUUUGCUCAAUGGACGUUCUCCCGAGGACGAUACUGCAAUGUUCAUUGCUUGCACUAAUGGUCAGGCCGAAGUAGUUAAUCAUCUUCUUCCUCCUGAGAACGAGCACGUGUUAAUAAAUCCCAUCAACAAGGAUACCGUACUUCAUGCAGCGGUUUCCUCGCAAAGUGUCGACGUUUUGCGUAUCGUUCUUGAGGCCUAUCCAAAUUUGAUUGCCAACACAAAUUGUGAUGGAUGUACAUGCCUUCAUUGGGCAGCAGAAAGCGGUUCCACUGAUAUUGUGAAAUGCUUGCUUGAGUUCCCUUACCCAGAAGAGUAUGUGAAGGAAGUUGACUUGCUUGCGCAUCCGCCGUAUCGCCUAGCAAUCGAUGUGAAUCGUGGUGACAAUGAGUGUCGAACGGCAUUGUAUCGAGCAACUGCUAAAGGUCACGCUGAAGUACUACAAUAUAUGCUAUCGUUUCGAUGUCCUUUCACUGAUGGAAUAACAAGGUGCCCCUUUCAACUUGAUGUUUACUGUAGUCGAGGAAGAACUCCUUUGAUGGUAGCUGCAUAUAACCAGUCGCUACCGGUGCUUACACUGCUCCUUGAAGCGGGUGCAGAUGUAAAUCUGCCUUUGGGUGUUCUUGAUUCGGAAACAUGCGAAGAGGCUCGUUGUGUUGGAUCUGGUGCACUAGUGGAAGCUACGCGAUCUGACGCUAUUCACAUUGUGCAUUUCUUAUAUGACAUGGGAGCUCUCGACACCGACAAUCGGGCAUUGCGUCUUGCUGCAAAGAAUAAGAAUUUGAAGCUUAUACGGGUAUUCUUAACGCGACUAGUUUUUCCCGAUCCAGAAUAUAAAGUAAACAAGAAGAACAUUGAUGUUGGACAGAUCCAAGUUGGUCAAAAUCUGCUUCCUUCCUCACUCUGUCCAUCACGAGCGGCAUCUCUUUGCUGGGGUGCAGCUUCGCUGGAAGCUGUCCAGUCGGAUUGGUUUGUUGCUGCAGCUUUGCAGGUCAAUCCCAGACUUCGCACUACGAGGUUGUCUCUCGCAGCUAUAACACGGGUAGAUCUUUCAUGUAAUCGACUAACUACAUUCCCUGCUGUAUUAUUCCAAAUGCCUUCUUUAAGAUCUCUGAAUCUUGCUGAGAAUCUCAUUACUACUAUAGAUAUGCCGGGUUUUUAUGUUACCUCCACAUCGCUAGAAGUCCUCAAUCUGAAACAAAACCGUCUGGAGGCAAUUUCUCCACAGUUUUUAUCGUCGUUGCCUCAAUUAACCACUUUGGACGUUUCCCGUAACUGUCUCAACCAAUUGCCGGAAUACAUUUGGCUGUGUCCCUCGUUAAAGGAGCUCAAUGUUGCAUCGAAUCAUCUUAAUUCUUUACCUAUGGUGGGAAAUAUGCCGAGAAUUGGUCGAGCUUCUCGCAGUGUACAACCCUCCACGCCUACUAGUCCGAUAGCAGGCUCAGAUGAUGUCGCAAUCAAUGAUGGCGUAGAAGAGCCUACUAACGUUAUCACAAAGCCGCUAAUUCGACAGAAUAUCUGGCAGUCAGGAAUAAACUUAUCAAAGGUCGAUGAUGAAGACCUUUUCCCCGAUUUUCCCGUGACGUCCUCUAGCACGCUCACGACAUUGAACCUUUCCGCCAAUAGGUUCCAAGUGUUCCCUUUCUGCCUUGCUUGUACGUGCCCUCGUUUGCUCACUUUGAACAUGAGCUUUAAUCAGCUAGUAGCAUUGCCGCCUAUACAGUGUAUUCCAGCGCAUGUUAGAACACUUGAUUUUUCUGGAAACCUAAUUCGGGAGGGAUUCCAAUUACCUACUGUAUUCCACACCGUUUGCCACGCAGUGCCCCCAACCACUCUAACACCUCUGGGCGUUCGUCGUCCUAAUAGCCCUGUGCGACAGAACCGUAGCAGGUCAAAAUCUGCAGUUCGAUCGCAGCGGUCCCUAUCUGUGUCGCGCAACCAACCAGUAGAAAUAAAUUUUGAAGAAGCUUGUCAGCACAAACGGCAUGAUUCGUUAGAAUGGCUGAAAACGUUGAAUAUCAGUGGAAAUCAACUUGAAUCAAUUCCCGUAUGUAUCACGUCCAAGGUACUAUACCAACAGCUUAAUGUCUUGGACGUAAGUGCAAACUCUCUAAAGACAGUGACGGCCGAUCUUUCGCGAAUUCCCGGGUUGUCAGUCUUAAAUCUAAGUGGAAAUAAAGGCAUUCAAACUCUUCCGCCAGAGUUAGGUACACUUUCGAGACUAUGGUCGCUGUCAUUGAAAGGCUGUCAACUCAAAGAGCCGCUCGAUUCCAUGGUCAAUACCGAGAAUUGCAAAACUGUUGAGAUUGUCGCUCACUUGAAAACCAUUCUGGAAGAGUCUAAAACUUACCAUCACUUACGUUUGCUUAUUCUGGGGAGUGAUGGUGUAGGUAAAACACAGCUUUGGGAAGGACUGCGUUCUGAAGCUAUUCAGAAGAAAUCGCCGUUACAGGCUGAAAGCGUCCAGAUUGCUGAGUGGAAGUUCGAAACGAAGAAGGUCAAGGGAGAAGCAUCGCUAGGUCCUGUAGCGUUUUCAUCCUGGGACUUCACAGGACAGAGGGAAUAUCAUGCAACUCACCACUAUUUUCUUACUCGACGAACUCUGUAUAUUGUUGUAUGGAGGGUGACUGAUGGAGAAGUAGCACUUCACGAUGUCCAGCGCUGGCUCAUUAAUAUACAGGCUCGAGCUCCGAACUCCUGCGUGAUUUUGAUCGGAACGCAUGUUGAUCAAAUUACCUCGAAUCCAACAAAGUUUUCGAAGAAUUUCCUGAAUUCGGUCGAAAAGAAGAUACGAAGUCGAUUCAUGGUCAACGACGGAGAUAAACAUGGUUUGCCAAGGAUUCUUGACUUACUAUUCAUCAACGGCAAAUCAAGAAAUGACAUCAAGAACCUCCUUAGUGUAAUUUACAACUCAUCGUGGGAAGUAAGGAUUGGAAAGGAACGUGCGCUUGAUCAGCAGAUACCAUCUUCCUACAUAGCUAUGCUGAAGAUCGUUCGUGAAAUGCACAGUGACUUGCGUCGCGACGCCUCAUCAGCUGUCAUGACCCUCGAGUCAUUCAGGGAACGAACGAAACAGCGAAUGAACCAAAAAUUUGGAAGACCGUUUAGGGAUGACAUCGAAUUUCGCGGUGCUUGUACAUUUCUCCAUGACAGCGGUGAAAUCGUCCACUUCGAGGAUGCCAGCUUGAGACAGCUGGUAUUUGUGGAUCCUCUGUGGUUAGCCGAUUACCUUGCUGCUGUGGUAGCUUUGAGAUCUCCGCAUAAAGCUGCUGGCGUCUUAUCACAAGAUGCUCUUACGCCAUUGCUGAAACAAUUUCGCUCUCUUGACUCGACCGUCCCUCUCCGUACCGCGCUUCUUCAUCUGUUGCAAAAGUGCGAGCUUGCUCUGCCAUGUCUUGCUCGUUGCUUGGUCGUUCCAUCUCUUCUACCAGACGAAUAUAGGCUUAGAGCUGAUUACCAGGCUUCUUCAGUCAGAAUAACUGCGAAAGUGGUUUCUUGGUCGGUUCGUUCAACACCAGAAUCUGUUACCCAUCAACCUUUGACUCGUACUACCGGGGUCUGGUCGAGGUCCGUUGAACAUCCACCAUUAUCUCCACAACAGCCGCUAAAUGGUGACGCCACAGCGGAAGCAACCUUCAAUUUCAAUUACACGGCAGAGAAACAAUUGCGAAGAGUUUAUGCCAUGUCUUACAUCCCGUCUGGUUUUUGGAGUCGCCUUAUCACAAGGAUCAUAGGAGAUGAGAAUGUGAUGCGAGCAAUCGAGUGUGUAUUCUUCACAAAUUCCCAGAGUGAUGCUGAACGUCUUCGCGAAUUAUGCGACAGUCACGUCAAGGCAGAGUGGAUUGUUUGGCAAACAGGACUUGAGCUCAUCAUCAAAGGACAUUCCGUUUUUAUACUGAAGCAGUUCUUCCCUCAGGCUGAGGUGCGCAAUUUGGAUUACACUUGUUUGGAUUUUCGAACACGCGAUGAGCAAAAGCGUUGGCGGACAUUUCCGCUCAACCAGUAUGCGCUCAUCGAAAUGCUCUUCCCUCAGCCUAGUGCCAUAGUUGCGGAUGUAAGAAAAUUUUCACUCACAACUGAAGGCGAAGGCUCAACUAGGCUUCUUGCUCUUGUAGUGGAUCUGCUUGACACCUUGCUGGAAGACUGGUAUCCCGCAAUAGGCACUCGUUUUGUACACUCUUCGGAAGGGGACCUGUUAGUCAACAGAUUCGUUCCCUGCUCGAAAUGUGCCUGUGAUAUAGCAGCCGAAACACAACAAGUUCGUGAUGAUGCAGAACUGACUCACAAGAAGAAUAGCAAAGGUGAACACACUGUUCGUGGCUCGAAGACUACAGGAGACAUCUCCACCUUAUACGUCAUCCACUGCUUUUCUAUAGAAGAAUGCAUGCUGGCAGGUCGUGAAAGCGGUUGGCUGGAAUGUCCGUCGCAUGGAGGUAUACAUAUGAGAGAUAUCGCUCCGGACACUGUUUUCGUAGACAUUGAAUCUUCUCUGGCUAUUGCAGCUGAUCAGUUGAGGCGUGGUCGUCUAUUAGGUAGAGGCGCUUUUGGAUUUGUAUUCAGAGCUACCGUGAAGUUGCAGAGCGGAGAACUUUGUGAGGUUGCUCAAAAGAUGCUUGAGCCGGUAAACCCAGGACCAGGUUCUAGGCCUUCCGCAGUGGCAGCAUACAAGGCUGCUGCUGAUAAAUGGCGUCGCGACUCUUUGGAGUUUGCAUCGCGAGCUUACUGCACCUCCAGACAGGAGCUGAAUCUUCUCAGUCGACUGAGGCAUUCAAACAUAGUUUCCCUUAUAGGGGUUUGCGUGUCUCCUCUCUCACUGAUUUUUGAGCUAGCGCCUCUUGGAGCUCUCAAUCAGCUUCUAGCCAGUCAUAGAAGAAGCGGCGCUCGUCUGGGCCUCUCAGUCCUCCGUGAUUCAGUCACGCAGGUUGCGAAGGCGCUUGAAUAUUUGCACUCGGCACACAUCAUCUACCGUGAUUUGAAGAGUGAAAACGUUUUGGCAUGGCGAUUUCCACCUCCAUUUGGUACACAAACAGAUGUAUUACUCAAACUAGGAGAUUAUGGUAUAUCACGAACUGUAAUGCCAUCCGGGGGUGCUAAGGGAUUUGGAGGCACUGAAGGUUUCAUGGCUCCAGAAAUACUUCGGUUCAAUGGCGAAGAAGAAUAUACGCAGAAGGUCGAUUGCUUCUCUUUUGGGAUGUUUCUCUACGAGCUGAUCACUCUGAAACAUCCAUUCGAGGGUGAAGAGCAUGUCAAGGAAAGAUUGUUAGAAGGAGCUCGACCAGUGUUUCUCCCUCACGAAUUACUAGUGCCGUCACCAAUGUUGGAUCUAGCAGUUCACUGUUGGGCAGCCCUGCCAGACAGUCGACCAUCAUCAUCGCAACUCGUCGGUUAUUGUUCAGCACCUGAGUUUACGCAUAUACUUGAUGUUUGUGAACUAGAGGAAGCUUUACCUCCAUCUUGCAUAUUGCCAUACCACACUGGCGAUGAAGUGGACGAUCCGGACGAUUUUGAAGCGCAGUUGUGGCUUGGAGGGAAAGACAUUACCGUCAUGAGUUGCACUCAGUAUGGAUGGCUGGAUCAAAAGCUGAUUGAAACCGCCUUCAGGACACGGUUUACUAGUAGAGUUAGAGACACUAUCUGGUCUUGUGAUGAAAAUGGUGAAGUGACAGUUUUUGCUACUUCCUUGCACGAGUUAGGAAGAUUGAAGCUGCCAUCGCUGGGUGCUCCCAUUAUUCGCGCUCCGGAAAUGAUAGGAACGGAUAUCCUUCUGCUUGUCACCGAGCGCCAACUCAUACUUCUUCGUAUCAGCGAAUCAAAUUCAGUUGGCUUGUUGGCAAGUCUUGAAAGUCCGUAUUCAAUCAAAACUGCUUCCGUAGUUGUUCAGGCCUCUAGCAGGCAAAUUUGGACUGGCCACUCAGAAGGCCGUAUAUCAAUCCACCACCUCAGUCAAGAAGACAAGUUCUCGUUUUCAUCUUCGCUGUAUCUGCCGGACGAUAGUGUGACCGUCAAAGAUAUAGUAACGAGUAGAGAUGGCGUCAAUGUAUGGAUCACGUAUGAAGGAGGGUCUCGAGUCUUCUGUUACGAUGUUGAACGGCGUCAAAUCUGUUCAUCUCUUGACAUCAGGAAGGUGAUGCCAGGUAGCGAAACAAUCCACACCUUGGAUGUUGAACUAGCUGAGGAGAAUGUGGUGACGUGCUUAGCACUCCUCGAAAGCACAGAAGGUGCUCAACUGUAUAUAGGGACCAAUCACGGUCUGCUUGUUGUUGCAAAUGCUUUAUUGAUGCAACCGCUCUCGGCAUGUAGACCUUAUGGUGGUGAAUUGACUUCACUUUGUGUUGUGGAGGGACCUCGUGAUGACGAUGUCGUCUCAAAAGUGCGAACUACUCUCAGUACUACAUCGUCAGAAAGCGGUUUGACCUGGGUGAAAGAAAGAGUGAGUGAAACACUUGAACGUAUUCGCGGUAGUCCUGCUCCCUCGCCUGGGCAGACAACAGCGGUUGUCGUCACCGUCGGCAGAGGGUAUAGAAGCUUAUCACAUCGUUUUGUAACUCCGACUCCGCUAAGCAAUAGUUAUUCGAUAGCGAUAUGGAGAGCAGAGGAAUGGGUAUAGUUUGACGCUAGAAUUCUCUUUCUUCGUCUUUUGUAUUUUGGACGUCAAAAUGUUUGUUUUGCAUAUUGGCUUGUAGCAUGUAUAGCAUGAACAUAUGUAUUAUAGCAAGAAAUGUGAUACUGAGUCUAAGUCAGCUCGUUGUUUUGUUGCAUCUAAUGCGUAAAUCUUCGGAAUCUCAUAAUAUUUCUUGUCACUUUUUAUUGUUGUUUGCAUUCGCAGUGCAUUUGUGUUGUUCUAAAAGCCAAUUAUUUGUUUUAGCAAAUUUGUACAAAUUCUUAGAUAUCGACUAGAUAAGUCUCGAUUCUUAAUGAGGUCGUUUUUUGCCUCCGUCUUUCGUAUAUCUGAUUGUCC